UGCGGCGUGAACUCGUCGCCGGUCUCCACCAAAACACUUGAGAGUCUCAUCAUCCCAUCCUUCUAAGUCUUUGAGAUAACAUCCGGUUCUCCGCGGGGGGGGGGGGAACGCCGACGCCGACGCCGAAACCCAAGCACGGUCCCGACCCGGCUAAUCCCAUAGGUCUGAACGCUAUAAAAGCCUGUCCGCGAACCACCGAUGUUCAGAGCAGCAACGCCAGAGCUUCACCUGCCUCAUCUCCAGCCACCUGCUAACCAGCUCUCCACCCCCCCCCCCCCACACACACACACACCGGGAAAAACAGAUCCGACCGAGAACCACCGCUACCGCCACCGCCAUGAGACAGUCCGCCGUGAUGCCCUCCCUCUUCGCCGCCGCGCUCCUCUUCCAGUGCUACGCCGCGGCCGCCGCCGGGCCCCUGAGCCGGAACGUGGACGACGGCGACGCCUCCUUGGAGCAGGACACCCUGAGCUCCUUGCUCCUCGGCGAGGAGGCAGCGGAGCAGUCCCUGGCCGGCGACGACCCCGCCGUCACGGUGGGCCGAAGCGGGGGUCCCAGAGUGAUCGUGAUGAUGGCCGACGCGGCGGUGCUGAGGAACCUGAGGGCGCUGGACCGAGGGCUGUCCUACUACAAGCAGCAGCAGCAGCAGACGAAGGCCGGGGACGGCGGCCUGACGCUGGAGCGCCGGGAGCGGUUGAUGGGGCUGGAGCCCGGGAUGGCCCUCCGCAAGCGGGACACCAUGAGGUGCAUGGUGGGGAGGGUGUACCGGCCCUGCUGGGAGGCAUAGACUCUGGGUGGAGGCCCUCUCCUCUUUCAUCAGCAUCAUCGUCUCCGCCGUGGACUCCGACACCUCCUCCUCCACCUCCUCCUUUUCCUCCACCUUCUCCUCCACCUCCUCCUUUUCCUCCACCUCCUCCUUUUCCUCCACCUCCCCCUCCUCCACCUCCUCUUCCUCCCCCUCCUCCUCCUCCACCUCCUCUUCCACCUCCUCCUCCUCCACCUCCUCCUUUUCCUCCACCUCCUCUUCCUCCCCCUCCUCCUCCUCCACCUCCCCCUCCUCCUCCUCCUCCUCCACUUCCUCUUCCUCCCCCUCCUCCUCCUCCUCCACCUCCCCCUCCUCCUCCUCCUAUUCCAGGGCUCCUGCUCCUCAUGGUCUGUCGGAGACUUGGAGACUCACUGGUGACUUCUUCACGCAAAAAGCCUGCCUCAUUUUGACACGUCAAAUACAGAAUACUCGUUAUAUACUCGAUAUGAGUCUGCAAAUAAAAGUAAUUUCGUUGUACUUUCUGUCUUGUUCUGAAUUUUUUGAUGAAUUCAUGCUCUGCAGCCUUCGGUAAUGACCAAAAUGUUCAAUUGGAAACUACGCAAAAGCAGCAAUUAUCUUCAUACAAUGUUCAAAUUACCGAGCGAUUGCUACAAGGCAGGGGAAUAAUACACACUUCAUCACUUCAUCUCUUUGGCUUACCAUUAGGCCUGUGAUCAAGCAAUAUUACUGCUAGUCAAUAAGAUGUGGUAUUCAACCGUUAAGUUAUCGUUGAGAGUUAGGAGAGUGGAUAGAUAGUUAGGUACCAUAAUGUAUGGUAGAUAAGGGUAUGGUAAACUAAAUUAAGGUAAGAUAAGAUAUACCUUUCUAAAUAAUAUUAAACAAAAAGAUCAUACAGACAUGGUAAAUAGGCCUGAACAUAGUUAGCAGCUUACUCCAACACAGCGUAGAAAUUAAUAAACCUUUCAAAAUGCACCCUCACAUGGCAAACACUAUGAAAUGCCAAAUAUGAUGCCUCUUUUAAACCAGCACUCCACAUGUAUGCACAUGAAUUGAUCUGUAUUUAUGAGUGUUGUUUGUUUCAAAUUCUUCGGUAAAUAAAUGCGCUCAUCAGUC